GUGUCUGCCCUGCUUCGGCGCCCGUGCUCUGGGUCGGUGUGCCCGCGGCAUGGGAUAAGACGCAGCCAUGGUGCGCCGAGAUCGCCUCCGCAGGAUGCGGGAGUGGUGGGUGCAGGUGGGGCUGCUGGCGGUGCCGCUGCUUGCGGCCUAUCUACACAUCCCGCCCCCCCAGCUUUCCCCCGCUCUUCACUCAUGGAAAUCUUCUGGCAAAUUCUUCACCUAUAAGGGAUUGCGCAUCUUCUAUCAAGACUCUGUGGGUGUGGUUGGAAGUCCUGAGAUAGUCGUUCUUUUACAUGGCUUCCCGACAUCCAGCUAUGAUUGGUAUAAGAUUUGGGAAGGCCUGACGCUGAGGUUUCAUCGGGUGAUUGCCCUUGAUUUCUUAGGCUUUGGCUUUAGCGACAAACCGAGACCACAUCACUACUCCAUCUUUGAGCAGGCCAGCAUCGUGGAGGCGCUGUUGCGGCAUCUGGGGCUUCAGAACCGCAGGGUCAACCUUUUGUCUCAUGAUUAUGGAGACAUUGUUGCUCAGGAGCUUCUCUAUAGGUUCAAGCAGAAUCGAUCUGGCCGGCUUACCAUAAAGAGUCUCUGUCUUUCAAAUGGAGGUAUAUUUCCUGAGACUCACCGUCCUCUCCUUCUCCAAAAGCUUCUCAAAGAUGGAGGCCUGCUGUCACCCAUCCUCACACGAUUGAUGAACUUCUUUGUAUUCUCUCGAGGUCUCACCCCUGUCUUUGGGCCAUACACCCGACCCUCUGAGAGUGAGCUGUGGGACAUGUGGGCAGGGAUACGCAACAAUGAUGGGAACUUAGUUAUUGACAGUCUCUUACAGUACAUCAACCAGAGGAAGAAGUUUAGAAGACGCUGGGUGGGAGCUCUUGCCUCUGUAACUAUUCCCAUUCAUUUUAUCUACGGGCCUUUGGAUCCGGUGAAUCCCUACCCGGAGUUUUUGGAGCUGUACAGGAAAACGCUGCCGCGGUCCACAGUGUCGAUUCUGGAUGACCACAUUAGCCACUACCCACAGCUAGAGGAUCCCAUGGGCUUCUUGAAUGCAUAUAUGGGCUUCAUCAACUCCUUCUGAGCUGGAAAGAGUAGCUUCCCUGUAUUACCUCCCCUAUUCCCUUAUCUGUUGUGUAUUCCACUUAGAAACGCCCCAAAGAGGUCCUGACCACCAAGCACUUCUCUCACAAAGGUCCACCUGACUCACACUGGUGAACAGCAUAUAGUGAAAAGCCAGUAGAGGCUCCGACUAAGGGUGACCUAAUAGUCCACCUCCCAUUCCUUUGUCAUCUGAUCAAGUGUAUGGACUUGCCUUUGUGUUAUUAGGACAUUCUGAUGAGCGCUACUACUCACGGAUGCAGAAAGACAGGCGUUCUUUUGCAUAAGUCUUUUAACUUUCUAUGGACUGUUGUGAAAUACUUAGAUGUGCCGAUUUCGGGCCCAGCCCAGCUGGCAUCUUAGAGUGAAGAAUGAGGAGAGGCUGCCUGCUUCCCUCUCCUUGAGUGGCUUUAAGGGCACAUGCUUUUUUAAGUUUUCUAUGCAGCACAGCUUCAAGGGAGAGAGUCUCCCCUGUCAUAACUUUGGCUUAGUUUCAUUGGCUACAUCUAAUUGUAGACAUUUUGUUAAAAUAGAUUUUUUGCUUUAAAUAAUUGCAGUAUUCUAAGUGUACUUUAAGACUAUGAUUUACUUACACGUAUUAUAUAUACUUUAGAAGGGUAGUAACCCAGCAGACACUUACUCUAGCAGAGUAGUGAACUUUAUUAAACAUUGAACUAAAUCCAAAUUAUUUACACAAUGUCCUAAAAGUCACAGGACAUGAAGACCAAUAGUGUCUAUGCCAGAGAUGUACUGUUAUUAGCUGGAAAGACCAAUUCUAACAGCAAAUAACAGUCUGACUCUUUAUACCUCAGUGCUUUGAAGCUAAUGUGGAGGGGAGGGGAGCGUGGUACAGUCCAAGGUACCCUGCUGAGUGUACACGGAUUCCUUUUAUGAUGAUCGCUUAACUUAGUGGUUAGCCCAGAGAGGCUUCCUCACGUAGCUCCUCAAUUCCUGUACUUCACAGACAGGAAAGUUCCAGAAACUUUAAGAACAAAUUCUGAAAGGCCGAUGAGCAAAUGGUGCUGAAUACUUUUUUUUUAAGCCACAGUUUCAUUGUUUUAGUCAAAGUAGGAUUAGGUGAUUAUUUUAAAUUCUUUUUUUUAAAAUUAGCAACUUCAAGUAUAACAACUGAAAGUGGAAUAAGUGUUUAUUUUCUAUUAAUAAAAAUGAAUUUUGACAAAA